AUGUUCGCAUGGCAAGAUCGAAGUGCGAUACGGUAUGUCAGGGCUGGAGCGGAGAAAAUCAGCAUCAUCAUCGCUGUGCCGACGAGUUACGUAUGGUGGGCUACCAGUUGUUGCCCACAGAGCACACGGUGGGGUCGACAGCACCCGGGAGCCGGCGGAUCAGCCAACCGUGACGGAGAGCAGAAGGAGGGUGGGGUUGAAGCCAGGCUGAUACGAGGUAGUGCUGAGGUCGUAAACACAGGCAACAGAAUAGCGACACACGACAUGCAACGCUCGCUGGGACACUUGUCUCCCACGGCAUCAAACCCCGUAUUUAUCUCCCAUGCCUCUCCUUGGAAAGAAAAGCCCGCUGCUACAUCUCCCUUGACCAAUCUCCGUGGCACUCCGUGGCACUCCGCUGCUAUCACGGCUCUGCAGCGCGGGUUUGGACGUGCUGGGACGACUGCAACGCAGAUCACGGCAGUGCAGGAAGAAUUUCAUCAGAGGAGCGAGGAAAAAGACAGCGAGAUCAGCGGCUGUCGGAUACAUGAUCCCGUCGCUCUGCAUGGCGUCGGAUCUGCUGGGCUGCAUUCCUUGCGCUCGGGGGGGUUUGUGUACCUUGCUGAGCACAGAGGAAAGAGCAGUUUCCGAAGACGGAGAGGAUUGUGA